AUGACACCUGCUCUCGACGUUUAUGAUGAUUCCCACGCCGAAAACGCAAAAUUAGGGGCCUUAGGCAAGACGAAGUCAGGCAAGAAGCUCAAGAUUCGUACAUAUCCACAGUUCAAGUCCCUCGAGGACGAACGAGUGUACCGAAAGCAACACUUGGCUGCGGCUUUCCGCGUGUUCGCAGAUAGAGGAUUCGACGAGGGUGUGGCAGGGCACAUCUCAGUUCGAGAUCCGAUCUUAACAGACCAUUUCUGGCUAAACCCUCUGUCUAUGCAUUUCUCUCAGAUCAAGGUAUCGGAUUUGAUUCUUGUGGACGAGGAAGGCACUGUUGUUGAGGGAGACGAACCAAUUAAUGCUGCAGCAUUUGCGAUCCACUCAGAAAUUCACAAGGCGCGUCCAGAUGUACAUGCAGCUUGCCAUGCCCAUUCUGUACACGGUAAAGCCUUUAGUGUGUUUGGUCGCGAGCUCGACAUGAUGACCCAAGAUUCGUUGCGUUUCUACAAAUCUCAUGCGGUAUACGACAACUUUGGUGGCGUGGUACUCGAUAGAGAGGAGGGUAGAAGAAUAGCAAAAGCGCUGGGGAAUGGAAAAGCUGUCAUCCUCCAAAACCACGGCUUGCUCACGUGUGCCGACUCAGUCGAUGCGGCAGCAUUCUGGUUCAUCAGUCUUGACAAGACAUGCCACGCACAGCUUCUGGUUGACGCAGCAUCUAACGAUAAGCCUGGCUAUCGAAAGAUUUUGAUCGAUGAAGAAGAAGCUGCAUUCUCGUAUCAGCAGGUGGGAACAAAUGAGAAGGGUUGGUUGGCCUUCCAGCCAUACUACGAUGAACAGCUAGCAAAGACAGCUGGGGCGUUCUUGGGUUGA